GUGAGAAAUAGGAGGAGUUUAGAGGCGCUUAAAAGAGUGUGUGUUCAUCGCUCCGAUCUCAGAGGAUUCACAUCUCACUCUUCAGAUGGAGCUCAUAGUGUUUGGGAUUUUACUCUCCGUCACCUUCAGCGCUGUUCAAGGCGGCACUCCCAAGUGUUGCGUUGAAACGACCAAGAAGUUCCCGCUCGAGAUCCUGAUGAAAGUGACUAAAUAUGAGGUCCAGACGAGCCACGGCGUCUGCGCCAUCGACGCGCUCGUACUCUACGCCAGAGACAAGCGUUACUGUGCGACUCCAAGACUCGAGCAGUUCCUGCAGUUCUUACUGAAGCUGAAGGCCCAGCGUGGCCUGAAACACGCCUCUGUCUGAACGCGUCAGAUCCCACAAACAUCUUCACUCCAUUCUCUUCGCAUGUUUUUCAGCUGCUCGCAACCUGCAUUUUGUAGUUUCUGAAGUUUGCGCACAUCUUAUGAAGUGUGCAUUUUAUGCGUUUUGUUUGUAGUGCUUUAAGAGAGAGGUAGAUAAUCAGGAUUAUUGCUUCAAGGUGAAUUUUUUCUUGUCUUGUAUUAUGGUUGAAUUAAAGAGCUAUUAGUUUGAUGGA